UCUGCGUUGACUGAGUUGGGUGAAGGGAGUAUGAGCCACAGCCGCCGUCUACUCACCUUCACAGUCAAUGAGCACCGAGCCGACCACUGCAAAGAUACUCCAAAGCCGUUUACGCAAAUCCAUUGAUGCGUGGGAUGCUCCUCUGGUCAGGCUUCAGCCAAGAGGAGCGAAGGGCUUCUGAGUACUGAAGACAAGCUGAAGCGUUCCAGUUUAUGCGACCUCCUCCUCAGUGACACAGAGGGCACGGGUGCUAUAAAAGAAGUGUAUCUUCCCUCAACAUCAAACCUCAGUCUCUUCCUCUUCAGCCCUGGUCUUUCAGCUUUCAGUCCCAGCUGCGUCCCUAAGAUCAGGAGCUAAGAUGACUUUCUAUGAUGACGUUUACCCAUUCUACCCUCUACAAAAGACCUCCUUCAUCUUCAGUGGCCGCUUGCUCACCAUUAUUCUGGUCUUCCUUGUGCUAGCGGUCAGUCUUCUUCUCAUUCUGCCGGGGAUACGAGGGAAGUCGAGGCUGCUCUGGAUGUUUAGAAUAAUUAUCAGCUUGUUCAUAGGCGCAGUGAUAGUGGCGCUCAACUUUACUAACGACUGGGCUGAGGCCAGAGUGACCACAAACGCCACCUACAAGUCUUUCAGCAACGCAGUGGUUAACGCAGAGGUCGGCUUGCAUGUUGGACUGUACGGCAUUAACAUAACGCUGAGAGGGAAUCCUGUUGUACAGUUCAAUGAGACCAUUGACUACAAUGAGAUGUUCAGCUGGCAUGACACUAUUGAGGAAGAGUAUGAGGAGGCUCUGGAGAAAGGUUUACCCAAUCCCAUCCUGUAUAUUGCUGAGAAAUUCACCCUCAAGAGCCCUUGUGGACUCAUCUUUCGGUACAGAUAUUCUGGACGAUACGCCUCUGCAACUCUCUGGACUGCAUUUUGCUGCUGGAUGCUUGCCAAUAUCCUCUUCUCCAUGCCGGUCGUUCUGUACGCUGGGUACAUGAUGAUGGCCACCGCUGCCUUCAUCUUCUUCUCCAUGGCCUCCUUCUCCACCAUCAUGAAUGUGCCACAUUGUGUUUUCUCCAUAGGAACUGACUCCUUUGAAACAGAAUACAGCCAUUCAUUCUGGCUGGCUCUGGCCACAGGUGUUCUGUGCGCCAUCGUUGGGAUCCUGGUGGUUAUGUUUAACUUUGUGAUACCGGAGAAGAUGAAAGAGGCUUUCAGCAUUGGUGUUGACAGUUAUGAAGAUGAGGACGUUUCUUAUGGGGAGGGCUACCUGAAUGCAGUUUUCCUUGAUGGAGUGACAAUUUCACCAUUGACAUCAAAAGUCACCACAGAACAUGUAUGAAGCCAUCCAGGUUUCCACCAGGGAACUUUUCCAGCCAAUACUUGAAGAUAUUUUUGCUGAAUGUGUUACAGAUGGUGUGUCUAAUUUCACACUCGGUUUAAUUAUCGAUGUGAGCAUGUAAGUGUUAUGUGUUAUGUGUUAACUGAUUUUACUGUAAAUAGAUUUGUAAAGUUCAUCGUCAUGUUGCAGUAGUUGUAAAUGCAAUAUAUAAAGCUGUAUGGGAUCCAUACAAUGUGUGCAUACACUGAUCAAUAUGGAUUAUAGGUCUGUCACUGUUCAACUCUUUAGUUAGGAUUUGAUCACUUUGACGUUUGAUAGCCUCUGCAGGAUUUCUUGCAGUGCAUGCACUUUGCCGAUGGCCAAUUUAAUUUUAAAGGAAACAGCCUGUGAAAGUUCAAUUGAUUAAUC